GGGAGCCCCCGGGCACUUUAAGAAGGGGGCGGGCCCCGGGACGGUGGCCCCUGGAGCUGUUGCCGCGGGGACGGGGCGGUGACGCGGCCUCAGGGCGGAAGUGAGAAACUUGUCGGCGUCCCGAGCCGAGUUGACUGAGUGGUGUGCGCGGCGCGGCGAUGGGGGGCUCGGGCAGUCGCCUCUCUAAGGAGCUGCUGGUGGAAUAUCAGGACUUGACGUUCUUGACUAAGCAAGAGAUCCUCUUAGCCCACAAGCGGUUUUGUGAGCUGCUUCCUCAGGAUCAUCGGAGUGUGGAGGAGUCACUGCAGACACGAGUGUCUUUCCAACAGAUCCUCAGCCUUCCAGAGCUCAAGGCCAACCCCUUCAAGGAGCGAAUCUGUAGGGUCUUUUCCACAUCCCCAACCAGAGACAGCCUGAGCUUUGAGGAUUUCCUGGACCUCCUCAGUGUAUUCAGCGACACAGCAACCCCAGACAUCAAGUCCCACUAUGCCUUCCGCAUCUUUGACUUUGAUGAUGAUGGAACCUUGAACAGAGAAGACCUGAGGCAGCUUGUGAACUGCCUCACGGGAGAGGGUGAGGACACACGGCUCAGUGCCUCAGAGAUGAAGCAGCUCAUUGACAAUAUCCUGGAAGAGUCUGACAUUGAUAGGGAUGGGACCAUCAAUCUCUCUGAGUUCCAGCAUGUCAUCUCCCGUUCACCAGAUUUUGCCAGCUCCUUUAAGAUUGUCCUGUGA